GUUAACAGCUGAGUUGAAAAAGCGGUUUCUAAGCAAAUUAUUAAAACGUAAACAAGUCUUAAAAGCAGGACAAACUUUAGCAAACUAAUAAAAUGGAAGGCAAGGACAAUCGAUCCAAAGAUAAACGACACAAAAUGAAAGCACACUUCAGAAGCAAAAGUAAAUAUUGCACAAAUUCAUCUAGUUCGGGACCUAAUGAUACAGUGCGUAGUGUUGUAGAUGUUGUGGAUUCCAGUGAUGAGCGAUUUAUUGAAGUUCAUGAGUGGUCUAAGGGUGGUAGACGAUGUCCAGCGCAAAAACAAAGAGAUUAUCCGUUGGAAAUGGAUAGUGAAAAUCCAGAAAAUGAGCAAAUGCGUGCGGGAGAUUUUAAAUUGAUGUCUCAAUUGCCCACUUCGAUAGGUGGUCAUUUUCAGUUCUCUACUGAAAAGCAAUGGGAAAUAGCGGAAAAUGAUCAGUUGCUAAAUAAAACGGAAGCGAGCGAAUAUUUUAAAUUUAAUUUACAAUUAUUGAACGUAGGCUUGCAAACGAUACCAUUUUACAAGCGAAUGGAUUAUGCGGCUUCUAUGUUUAGCGCGGAACAAUUGUUGAAUAUGGAAAAAGCAAGUGAGGCAAGCGAAAAGAUAUAUCAACAGGUGUUGAAGGAACAUAUAGAAAAUCCUAAACUUAAAAUUAAUUCGGGCAGUCAAAAAUCUAGAGAUUCAGCCCGAAGCCAAAAGCCGGAAAAACCAUUAACAGAUAAUGAAACAAAUGAUGAACUGGAAGAUUUGUUGAAUAUAAGCACAGAUCCAGCAGCUAAAAUCGAUUUACCAAAAAGCCAGGAAACAUCUGCAAAUGUUGAACCAGAUCGACACCUACCAGGUGUAAAAGGGGCCGAAAAUAAAAAUGAGAUACAAGAAUGGUUGGAUAAUGUUUUAGAAGAAUAA